AACCUAAAAGAAAUAAAUAAUUAUAAACGUGAUACAGUGUUAAAUAUUUAAUUUAAAAAAAGACUUAUUUUCCCAAUAUUGGAAAUGUCAUUUUACGUGCGAAUGAAGAAAAUCAUUUUUUGAUUUGCAGUUGAAAAACUUUAUUAUUAGUGGUGGUAAUGUGUAUAUAAAUUAACAUUAUUAAAGUUUGUACACGAUAAACUAUUUUAGUUUAAAAAAAAGCAACAAUAUGAAGAACUUACAGUAUUUCUUGUUGUCACUGAUCAUAAAUUUAUUUAUAUUUUCUGAUGUUACAUCUCUUCCCACUAAUUUGACAGAAACGUCAAAAGGAUUUAAAGUACCAUGUCCGACUGUUGAAUUUUUUCGUGAUUCUAUCUAUACAAAAUCAUGUUUCCAAGAAUCUGAAUCACUUUUGUGCACAGCACUCUACGAUUUAGGUUUAAAAUGGUGUACAAAAAGUUCACAGCACAUAAGUUUACCUGAGUUUACAAAUGCAAUAGAAUUCGAUAAAUUUGUAUCCAAAUAUGAUAAUGUGACUUAUGUCAACAACUUUUGUAGAGUACCAAAAAAGAUUACUGAUGAAAAAAGUAAAAUGAAACUACAAUUAUUUUACAAUGAUUCAGUCACAUGUGCACAAAAUUGUUUAAAUUUUGCAAUGAAAAAUAAAGAACCAUUGAAAUUAUGUUCCGCAUUAACUUCACUCGAGGCAGAAAUGAAUUUAUCUGAUGAAAAAAGUGCUAAAUUUAAAUCAGUAAAUGUAGAAACAAAACCUGAAGAAUUAAACAAACCCGAUGCCAAGGUAGAGAAAAUUGUUGAAAAGGAGGGGAAAGAUAAAAAACAAGUGUCAAGUGUUAGUGAAAUAAAAGAAUCAACCUUGAAAGACACAUCUAAAUCUGUAAAUAAUGUAGCUACAAAAGAUGAAAAUAAAUCUCAAAAUCCCAAGCAACAAAAGGAAAAAUCGUCAAAAAAAGAAGAAGAAGAAGUUCCCGGGCAAAAAGAACCAUUAGAAACUGACACGAAAAAUGAACAAAAUAAAAAAGAUGAUAAACUUCCUAAUCUCAAAGACAAUCCUGAUUCAAAGAAAAUUCCGAUGCAAAAUGUUCAGGAGAAUCCUGAAAGUACAGGAAAUAAACCAGAUGCAGAGAUUCCAAAUGAAAAUCACAAGUCUGAAACCGAUGGGACUAAAACUGAUAAAACAGAAUCAGGAAAAAAGGGAAAAACAGUUUCAAAUAAUGAUGAGAUUAAUUCCAGCACUAUUUCAGAACACACCGACGAUGCUGCUUUUUCUGAUGAUGUCGAAGCUCCGCCUUAUAAGAAAGAUGAUCAACAUGAUGAUAUUUUAAAUGCAGGUUCCCAAAAUCAAGUACCAGAUUUAAUUAAUGAGAAUAAAGUAAUUUCAAACUAUCGUGGAAAGAAAGCAAAUGAAGAGUCUCACCUUUUUUCCUAUUUUGUAGCAUUUUCAUUGCUCUUUGUAUGUUGUUAUAUUGGUUAUCUCAACAAAAAAAAGAUUUUGGCGAUUUUAUUGGAAGGAAGAAGAUCACGAAAUGGACGUGGUAGACGUCGACCAAGUACAGCAAAUUACAGAAAAUUAGAUUGCAAUCUAGAGGAAGCUGUAACGUCUCAGUGUAACUCGAAUGCCACGAAUGUUAUAUAUUGAAAAAGAAAAAUUUUAAUUGAUGAAAGUUAAAAGGUUUUGAUCGAAUUUUAAGGAAAUCUAUUUUUCAAUACGAUUUCAGUUUGUAAAUAAUCGUUUUGUGAUAGUACGACUGAAAGUCCUGAUUUAUCAUUUAUGAGUGAUAGUUUUCUACUAAACACAUGACUAUUAAAGAAAUUUUAUUACUUUUGAUUUAAUCUGUAAUACAUCGUUUUUCUACCAACUUUAGUGUACUAAAGAUCAAAAGCAAUAAAAUUUCAAACACAUAUAAAUAUAAGAAGUUUAAACUAUAGUAAUGCUUUCAUAUAAUGUGCUAACUAAAAUAUAUAUAAAUGGAUAAAACACCACGAAAGGCAAGUUAUGUUUAAUUAAGAAAAGAUAAAAGCUAAUUUAUAAAAAAUGUUGAAAAAUAAAAUAUUUUUUUAAUUUAAAAAAAAUUUGACAAUAAUUAACAGAAUUAAAAUUAAUUUUCAUAAUUAUUAUUUAAUAAAUUACAAGUUAAGUUUUCCUUUGGAUAAAGUGUUAAAUUAAUAAUAUGGACAUUAUUAACUAAAAAAAAAAAAAACAUAUCAGGUUUUAUAAAACAAAAAGAUUUUCUGAACAUUAUCCAGUUUUUUUCAAUUAUAUUAAAUUAAUAUAAAUAAAAAAAAGUUUCUUUUCGGAUUUAAUAAAGGCUUUAAAAUGAAUUAAAAAUUAAUAUUUGCCUUUCAUAUAAAAAAAAAAAUUUUUGUACAAUAUUCAGAAUGUAAAUUUAUAUAAAAAAAAAAGAUAAAAAUACCGUCCGACUUAAAAAUAUAAUAUUAACAUAAAAAAAAUUACACAAUUAAAAGUUGUGCUAAUCAUAAUAAGCGAAAUUUUUUUUCUCAUUAUCAGUGUUUUAAAUAUUAUAUAUUUUUGUUUUAUUACUUUUCUAUAAACUAGAUUAUAGAAAAUGCACUUUUCCUGAUGAAUUAUUUAUAUAUUUUUUACCUUUUUAAAUAAAAGUAUAAUUUAAAAUUAUAAAUAUAAGUUAAAUAUAUUUUUUACAAAAUUAAAAGUUUCUUUAUUUUUAAGAAGAAUCAUACUUACGACAACUAAAAUCUAAUUAAAAAAAGUACAAUAAAAUUUAAUGACCGUGUACAUACAUUAUAUAUUGAAUUUAAUAAUGAGACACAUUAAUAAUUGCAAAAUAUGUUAAAUUAAGAUUGUACAGUGUUGUAACCAUAAAUUAUAAUUUUUAAAAUACGAUGUCCAAUGGAAUCUAAACUAUUUUUUUGUGCCGCUCUAUGUUAAUUGAAGAAAAAUCGUAUAAUUAUAUAAAACUUAACUAUAUAUUAAUUAUAACUAUACUUAAACGAUGUAACUCUCAUGUGUUACAUAUAUAGGCUGCAUUGCGUCGAAAUAGAACUAAGUUCACACUUGUAAAUUUGCGCAAACUUAACGUGUUAAUUAUAAUUAUACAUUCUAAUAGGCUAAAAAUGCUUAUUUUCUAGUCGACAAAAUGAUUCUUUUUACAAUAAUAUAUAAUAGUUUCUGAUUACUAAAGAAAAAACGUGCCAAUGGUAUUUCGUUAUACGUUUGUAAGAUUUUACUAUCGUAAAACGUGAAAAUGACAACUAGAAAAUAUGAAUUAUGGCUUUUUGUAGUUUAUAGAAGUUUAGUGGCACAAUGUAUUAUUUUUUUUUUAUUUAAAUUUAAAAACACCAUUGUAAUCAUAUUCUUAUUAUUAUUCAAUAAAAUAAAUAAUUUACUUGAUUGAUUA